UUCUGUCCGAGGCCUCCAUGUUAAAGACAACGAGGAACAACGGGAAGACCGCCGAAAUGGAAUUUAUGGAUUUAGACACCGAAAAACAUCUUCGGUAUCUCUAGCGACCGCCACCUGGACAACAAUAGUUAAAUAGUAGUUCUGAGAAGAGGGCUUUGCUAGUCGGUUGCCUAAUUUGCUUAUUUUAGUAGCUAAGCUAGUUAGCAUCGGGGAAUCAUCUUUGUUUUUAUUUUGAGUGGUAGAAAUUCAGACAGGCCGUUGAGGCGUUUUAAAGUAGGUGGCCACGUUUGUAGAGGAUUUCGAAAUAUAUACCUAUUUCUGUAUGGACUACGAACCAGGAAAUGAUCUUUGAGGACUUUUGCGUUUGUGUCCGUGGAUUAUCUGUUUUAUGACCGAAGCCUUUGGACUGCGCAACACGGACUGCGAAACGCGAAGGACGCUCGCGGCCUCGCCGCUCACGGUGGCGAAAGGCCCGUGCUUCCGCAAUAAACAUUUUGUGACUCUCUUGAUCCGAUUUCCUUAAUGGACACGUCUGGAAAUAUGAUUUUCUUGUGAUUCAUUCGGACUUUGAUUCUGAAGGACUGCUUAAAGCUACGGACUGUUAGUAUUCGUGCAAAGUGCCAGACCAGUUUUGGCGUUUUGGGCACCAGGUCACGAGGACUGUAGUUGCAUUUGUCUCCCUAGCACAGCAGCAAUCUUGUCCCAGCAUGUUGCGUGUGCCUCCCUCUAUUCUGACAGAAUGUGAGAGGGAUGUUUGACAGUUACCUAAUAUAUUGACAAGUCAAAAUACUGACCCCCACCCCCCUACUCCUUCUAGUUUUGACAUUUAACUUGAUCUAACGUUAUCUUGUUUUGUUUUUUUCUUGUCUAAGUUGAGUAAGUGCUUAGUGGUGUGAAAAUGUCGUGUGUUCACUAUAAAUUUUCUUCCAAACUGGACUACAACACCGUCACAUUCGACGGCCUCCACAUCACGCUGAGCGAGCUCAAGCGGCAGAUCAUGGCCCGCGAGCGGCUCAAGGCCACUGACUGCGACCUGCAGAUCACCAACGCACAGACGCGGGAAGAGUACACUGAUGAGGAAGCCCACAUACCCAAACACUCGUCCGUGGUCGUCAGGCGCACGCCCAUCGGUGGCGUCAAACCUGCAGGCAGAACGUUCAUUGUUGAUCGUUCUGACACAGCCGUGGGAUCUUCCAGACUCACGGACUCCUCUCCAUCUAUGUCUCUGGCACAGCUAUCCAAGACAGCUAACCUAGCUGAGGCCAACGCUUCUGAAGACGACAAGAUCAGAGCCAUGAUCUCUCAGUCCAACCACGACUACGACCCCAUCUAUUACUCCAAGAAGGUGAUUGGCCCUCCUCCAGCUCACUACACCUGCUUCCGCUGUGGCAAAGCUGGGCACUACAUACGACACUGCCCCAUGCAGAUGGAUAAGAGUCUGGAAGGCCCCAAGCCAGUCAGGAUCAGUAAGGGGAUUCCUCAGAGCUUCAUGGUGAAGGCUGAGCCGGGGAGCAAGGGAGCCAUGCUGACCAGCACUGGAGAAUACGCCAUCCCUGCUAUAGACGCCGAGGCCUACGCCCUGGGGAAGAAGGAGCGCCCCCCCUUUGUGCCGCGGGAGCACUCGUCGUCCGAGGACGAGUCUGACCCCAUCCCAGACGAGCUGCUCUGCCCCGUCUGCAACGACCUGAUGACCGACGCCGUCGUCAUCCCCUGCUGCGGCAACAGUUACUGUGACGACUGUAUCAGGACCACGUUGCUAGACUCGGAGGAACACACCUGCUUCACCUGCAAACAGUCAGAUGUUUCCCCCGACAACCUGAUCGCAAACAAGUUCCUACGCCAGGCGGUAAACAACUUUAAAAAUGAGUCUGGCUACACCAAGGCUGCACGCAAAUCACAACAGUCUGCCCCGCCCCCUUCCCGCCCCCAGCCACUCAGAACCCUCCCUUCACGCCAGCAAGACCCGCUAAUGGCUAAUACUCGUCAGCAAGAUCCGCUAUUGGCUAAUGUCCGACAGCAAGAUCCGCUAUUGGCUAAUACUCGUCAGCAAGAUCCGUUAUUGGCUAAUGUCCGGCAGCAAGACCCGCUAUUGGUUAAUGCUCGUCAGCAAGACCCGCUAUUGGUUAAUGCUCGUCAGCAAGACCCGCUAUUGGCUAAUACUCGUCAGCAAGAUCCGCUAUUGGCUAACGUCCGACAGCAAGACCCGCUAUUGGCUAACGUCCGUCAGCAAGACCCGCUAUUGGCUAACGCCUCUCGUUCUCCUGCUGCUAGCUCCCCUCCCCCCCCUGCUGUCAUUCAAGCACAAGCCCCGCCCACACAGUCCACUCCUUCAAUCGGAGGACUGGAUUUUGCUCCCGCCCACCCUGACCCUGCACGCAGCCGGCCUUCCCCGCAACAUCCGGCCAAUCAGAGCGAGCCUCCUCCACCAGGGGAGACAGAAGGACAGACAGCUCGUCCGAUGCAGGAGCCAACAGCUCGGACUGAUAACACUCUCAAGGGCUACCACCUGCCUUUGAUUGGUCACCCGCCCCCGGCAAGGCCCUCCCACCAGCCAGGUCAUCAGGUCCGCCCCCACAGGGGAGGGGCUAGACUUCCCUGGGAGAGACCUUUCCGACCACCUCAUGGGGAGCCCCCCCCUCCCCACCUCCAGCCCCCACCACGCCCCCCGGCCCCCCCUGUCUACCCAGCCCCCUCCCUCUACCCCCCGCCCCCCCACACCAUGCCCCCCCAGGCCUACCCCCCUCCCUACCCCUCUGCCCCCGGCCUCCCCCCUCCCCCUCUGGGCUUCCCGCCCCAGGGCCUAUACCCCCCCGGCCCCCCUGGCCUGGGCCCCCCUCCCUGGAUUGCCCCGGCCCCCCAGCCCCCCCCUGGCCUCCCGCCCCCCUCGCUGGGUGGCCCCCCCCUCUCCAAAGAGGAGUUCUACAGGCAGCGGCGCCACCACCAGGAGGAGACAUCCAAGCUGGAUGAGUUCACUAAAGACUUCGCCAAGGAGCUGAUGAAGUACAGGAACGCCCCCAAGAGACGCAGAAGAUCCUACUCUAGGUCUCGUUCCUACAGCCGUUCUCCCAGCAGGAGUCCGUACUCUCGCUCGCGCUCUCGCUCCUACUCCUACUCCCCCUCCCGUUCCCGCUCGCGCUCCUAUGGACGCUCCCCCUUCUCCCGCCGCAACGGACGCUCCUACGGGCGCUCACGCUCCCGCUCCCGUUCCUACGGUUACCGCCGCUCCUCCGGCUCCCCUCGCUCCCCCGGUCCGUACCGGGGCUGGGACGGGGGCGGGGCCGGGGGGGGCAGUGGGGCAGGGGGCGGGGGCAGCGGGGCAGGGGGCGGGGGCUACCGGUCACGGACUCGCUCUCGGUCUCGCUCCCCUGGAGGGUACCGGAGCCGCAGCCCCGGGGGCCGCAAGCCCCCCCCAAGGGAGCCCCCACCCUACGACCCCAAAGGUCGUCCUGACCUCAGCCCAGGGGGGAGAGAGAGGUGGGAGAGAGACAGCUACCGCCAGUGGGAGAGGGAGUACAGGGACUGGUACAACAAGUACUAUAAGGACUACAAGGACUACGAUUCCCACCAUGCACCUGUCCACCACCGGAGGGGGGGCAGCCGGGAGCGGGAGAGACUCUCCCCCCAGAGAGAUUACUCCCCCCAGAGCCGGGGGAGGAGAGGGGAAAGGGCUCACCCGCCGUCCUCAGGAGCCAAAGAUCGCUCGCAGGGCGGGGCUAAGGGUUCGGAGGGAGGGUCUAAAGCGUCCAAGACGAAGAAACUGAAGAAGAGGAGGAGUGGGGAGGAGCCAGACACAACCCACCAAUCAGUGGACCGCGGAGACGCCACGCCCGUCAGGGACGAGCCAAUGGAUGACGUCCCCACGCCCAACAAAGCCCCGCCCAUCUCCACAAAAGCCCCGCCCCAGAAAUCAUCAGCCAGUAAGAAUGCAGCUGUGUCAGGGAAGACCCCGCCCACGCACAGCAAGGCCCAAUCAGAGAAGAGCAGGAAGGAGAAGGGGCAGAAGGUGAAAGUGAAGACAAAGGGAGAGAAGACCAAGAAGAAGACUUCGGACAGCGUGGCCAAGAAAAGAGAACCAUCCUCCUCUUCCUCACUCGCCAAACCAAUCAAAACCUUGAAAACCAAGUCAGGUGACCCUGGCCCCGCCCCCAGCCACGCCCCCCCGAGAAAAGAAAAGGCGAAAAGCGUCAGAAAAGGAGGAUUAGGGGGGCCGGGUCUCCUCAAGACCCCUCCCCUGUCCUCCCGCCCCGCCCCCCUCCUCCCCAUCCCCCUGCAGCCCCCCUGCGACGCCAGGGGGAGACGGGACAUCCCCCUUCUCCCCCAUCGCCUCCCCCAUCCCACGCUCCCCAUCCACACGCCUGGCUCCCCGGCAGAGAAGAGGUGGAGACCUGAGGAGAGGCCCAGCCUCCUGGGGACCCCCCCUCACAAGCUCCGCAGGGUCGAGGGGAUGGGAGGAGGAGGCAGGGGGGGAGGGGGAGGAGGAGGCAGGGGGGGAGGAGGAGGAGGAUGUAUAGGAGAGAGAGGAUUAUUAGGGAGGGGAGGGGUGUUAGGAAUCGGGAGAGGGGGAGGUGGAGAGAGAGGAGGUGUACCAGGAAGGGUUGGUGCAGGAGCGGAGAGAGGAGGGGGAGACAGGGGAGGAGGAGGAGGAGGAGUAGGGAGGCCUGAUAGAGGAGGAGCAGAUGUGCCGACCCAGAGAGGAGCUGCUCCAGUAGCCCCCCCAGACAGGCCUCUGCUGCUGCCCAGGUCUGGGAGCAGGGAGGCGGGGAGAGGAGAGCCAGACAGGGCCUCCAUACAGCCCCUUAUGGACCUCCAGGUGAAGCCGCUGGGUCAGAGGAGGAUCAAGCUGAACAGAGACCUGGGGAGGAAGACCAGCACGGAGGAGAGACCAGCCUCGACCUCUUCACAGAGGCUGGGGGAGAGGCUGGGAGAGAGGCCAGGGGAUGGGCCAGCCUCGUCCUCGACCAUAUCCCCAGCCUCGGAGCCCGGGGACAGGAGAGAGAGACCAGCGUCUGGAGAGAGGAGGGAGAGGCUGGAGGCCGCAGAGAGAGGUGGAGCGAGGGAGGAGAGGAGAGAGAGGCCGGGCUCAGGGGAGAGAGGGGUCACGAAGGAGGAGAGGAGAGAGAGAGCAGAGCCCGGAGAGAGGAGAGAGAGACCGUUGUCUGGGGAGAAGAGGGAGAGACCGUCGUCGGGAGGGAGGGAGGAGAGGAGAGCGGGGAGGGAGGGGGGAGAGAGCUCCGGGGGUCUGGGGUUGGAAAGAGUAGCAGUGACCGUGAGAGGAGCGGGGGAGGUGGAGCGGUCGGUGACGGCAGAGGGGAAGGGAGGGGAGGGGGAGAGGUCGGUGGAGGGGAGGGGAGGAGGAAGGAGGUCUGUGUCUCUAGACCGGCUCUCCAUCAGAGAGAGAUCAGCCAUCGCCAAGGAGAGACCAGCAGACCAGUCCCAGGAGAGACCAGUGUCAGGAGGCACUGAGAGGCCCGUGUCCAGAGAGAAAGCAGCUGGCAAAGAGAGACCAGAGAGGUCGUCCCCUCAGAGAGACCAGCCCGGCCGAUCAGCAGACCAGUCCAGUGUGGCGGGGCAGAGUCUGGCGGUGCAGAGUCUGGCGGUGCAGAGUCUGGCGGUGCAGAGUCUGGCGGUGCAGAGUGUGGCGGUGCAGAGUGUGGCGGUGCAGAGUGUGGCGGUGCAGAGUGUGGCGGUGCAGAGUGUGGCGGGGCAGAGUGUGGCGGGGCAGAGUGUGGCGGGGCAGAGUGUGGCGGGGCAGAGUGUGGCGGGGCAGAGUGUAGGGGUGCAGCCCAGGGCUGAGAGGAGCAGAAGGGACCCCAACUCCAGCAGACCAGCCAGCCAGCCCUCCUCCAGGUGUGCCGAGUCUGGGGUUGAAGGCCAGAGGGGGGCCAGUCCAGUGGCCAGCAGCCCCCCCAUACAGCCCCCCCCUCGCUCCAAGUGGGAGAGAGAGGAGCAGGAGGAAGAGGAGGAGGAGAAGAGGUCGGGCUCCACCAGGUCCAGGGGGUCUGGAGGUUCUGCUGAGAAUGGCCUGGGAUCAUCCAAUCAGAGAGGAGCUCUAAGGAGGGGCGUGUCUCCUUCUAGAGGGCGGGGCCGGGAGGAAGUAUCCAGGGCGGGGGAGAGAGGAGCGAGGGAGGAGAGGAGAGGGGGAGCCAGGGAGGAGGGGAGGAAGGGAGCCAGGGACGAGGGGAGAGGUGGAGUGAAGGAGGAGGGGAGAGGGGGAGUGAAAGAGGAGGGGAGAGGUGGAGUGAAGGAGGAGGGGAAGAAAGGAGCGAGGGAGGAUGGGAGAAAGGGAGCCAGGGAGGAGGGGAGAGGGGGAGUGAAAGAGGAGGGGAGGAAGGGAGCGAGGGAGGAGGGGAGGAAGGGAGCGAGGGAGGAGGGGAAGGUGGGGAGAGAGGUGCCUCAGAGUGAACCAGUCCCCAAACCAGUCACAAAGGCUGAGCCCAGAGGAGCGAGGGAGGAGAGAGGAGGGAGGGAGGGAGGGAAAGAGGAGAGAGGAGCAAGGGAGGAAAGAGGAGGGAGGGAGGAAAGAGGAGGGAGGGAGGAGAGAGGAGGGAGGGAGGAGAGAGGAGGGAGGGAGGAGAGCCAGGGUCUAGAGCCUCGCCGGCAGCGUCUGUGUUCAGACCUCGGCAGGGAGACGGAUGAGGCGGCCUUCGUCCCAGACUACAGCGAGGGGGAGGGGUCAGAGGUGGAGAAGGGGCGGAGCCUGAGCCCGGCUGCCUCCCACAACUCCUGCCGCAGCCCUGCCUCCCAGAGCCCCGCCCCUAGCAGCGGCUCCGCCUCGCAGGCAGCGACCGGGGCAACCACAGAGAAGAAGAAGAAGAAACACAAGAAGCGUAAAAAGCAGAAGAAGAAGAAGUCGGAGGUGGACCAUGACGGGGUGGAACCCAGGGAGCACAAACACAAACACAAGAAGAAGAAAAACAAGAAAAACAAAGAGAAGGAGGGAUCGGCGGGAGGAGAGAAAGAGGGAGAGAAUGGGAAAUGAAAAGAUGUGACGAGCGAGCGAGCUAGCUAGCGGAUUUAGCCAGCGCUGUGCUUGCUCGUUCAACCAGGCUAGCUAGCGUUAGCUUCACUCAGCGUUUAGCUAACUGCCUGCCCAUCCAGACUGCACAGAAACCAGGACAUAGCUAGCUGGCUAACUAGUGUUAGCAUAGCUACAGUGAGCUAAUGUGUAAGGGGGAGGUUAUUACUGCGGAGGUUAAAAAGGUUUUUAGGAGAGAAAGAACAACUGUCCCCCUUCUCUGUGACUGUCUUGAUACUGGAAAUGUAAUGUGAAAUCUGAAUGUUGUUUAUUUUGUAUAGGCGAUGGGGGGGGGGGGUUUAUACAAACAUGAAAAUCUCAUCUUUUCAAAAACACAGUCCAACAUUUUAACAAUUCUGUUUCAGUUUCUGCAAGUUUCAACCGGUUUCAGCAAACUGGCGUCAUGCUACUCAGGACUCUGGCUUAAGAGAGGAGAGAGAAGGGGGAGAGAGGUGGGGGACGUGGUGGUGGUACUGUUCAGACAACCAACUGUUAUGUACAUUUUUUCUUAAAUAAAAAGGUUGGGGGUUUUUUUGCCUUGAAGUUGAAA